GCGAUAACUUUGUACAGUCAGACUGAAAGUAGUCCACCGGGUCAGGCUGCGCUCUUCUCCUGCAGGAUGUUUUCCGGGGAAUGUUACUCUUUAUCUGGAUAUCGUCUACUGGAGUAUGAGCACGAAGCUCGGGCAUAAGUCUGUUUUGGCAAACUUUUACGGCUUUGUAGCUAACGAAGAAUAGCUAGUUAACGAGCCGUAGCGAAAAUUAGCUUACUAAGCUAACAAUCGUAUUCAAUGAGAGGAGGAGUGGGCUAUUCUGCUGGUUUGUUUGUACGCAGAUUACCUUUAGUUUUUUGACAAUGGUUUAGCUUUCCACAACCAGCUUGCGUAGUUUGGAAGCCCUGUAUUUCAGCACUGAAGCAUGGAUAACGAUAAACAGAAUUUGUAUUGGAGGUGGAUAUUUGUCUUCUUAUCAUUUUUGGGCGAUUGAAUUCAUUGAUUCCACCGUUCCUUAAUUAAAUACAUAACAUGAGGUUGACAGGAAAAUUCCUGGAGGACCCGGUGUGUUAAACUCAGAUUAUCGAUCAUAUUCCCGAAGAAUGUCCGACCCAGAAAGUUCCAGUUCACAUUUUGGUUUGGAGGAUCCGCAGUGGCUAUGUAUGGUCACGUUGUUUAUCGCCUCCCUGGUUACUCUUAUACUGUAUUUCGUACAGUAUUUCCAACAUAGACUUAUAGGAAAUAAGCAGGGAGCAGCAGAAGGGGACAAUGCUGCGACAGAGGAGGAGGAAGCCGCCGCUCUGCUGGGAUGGGCGCUGUCACUGAAAAGCUGGAAGAGUCAGUGGAGAAGAGCUUGGUGCAUAGCUUUGAAUGACGAAUCAAGGAAGCGAAAGGGUGCUGUUCUGCUAUCAUUUGAAGAGGAUGGUCUCGAGGCUUCAGAUCUCACACUUAGCAGGGUCUCCAGCUUUCAGAAGUCUGCUGGCAACAAGGCCGCUUCCUGCUGUGUGGUUGGGGAGAAGCUUCAGUUCUCUCUGAGCGCUGCAUCGACAGCCAUGGCUACAGCAGAUCCUUGUAAAUAUACUGUGUGUAUAGCUCCAUUGGAGCUGCAGCUUCAUCUACACAUGCAGGAAGCUGAAGAUAGGGUCAAGGUAAGCUGGGAAGUGUCUCAUCUAGAGGUGGAGGAGCUUCAGGUGAUGCCCGCUUUCACUCAGGACAAUGCAGCCAUAAAGGAGCAGCUGAAGCAGCUUUUGUGUGUGACGCAUCCCUCUGUGCUGCUGAGCUGCAGGCCUGCUCAGGCCUCGGAGGUCAAGGAAAGCCACAAUAAAGUGGUAUCGCCCCCAAAGCCCCCACGCGCCCAUGAGUGGAAGCUGCUGGUGAAAAACAUCCGAGUCACACUCAACCAGGAGGAAGAUGCUGCAGGCAGCAUGAAUCCUCUGUGUGUGCUGCAGUUAGAUGAUCCUCCUCAGAGGUUCAACACUUCUGUUUCGAAGAGCACGACGAGUCCUGCCUGGGACCAACCGUUUAUUUUUGAACUGAAUGGACGAUCGAAGGAGCUCAGUAUUCAGUUGAUGAACGAUGGACAUCCUCCAGAGAAUUCCUUGCUCGGUCAGGUGUUGGUGCCGUUUGAUCUUGUGAAGAAGCACCCUAAAGGACAGCGUACAUUUGAACUCGUGACCAAAGAUGAAGUGACUGGAUCACUGACUACUGACUUUACCUACCUGGAGCCGAGUGAGGUGAGGUCUUGGCAACCUCCUACCCCAGCCUCUAAUAAGAGGGUGGAGAUGGACCGCACGGUCAUGCCCUGUGGCACAGUGGUUACCACGAUCACAGCGGUGAAGAGCAAGCCGGGUCGACCACUCCCACUCAAUAUAGAUCCUGCCCAGAAGGCCGUGGUCAACAAGCCCAAGCUGGGGGAGCGUCGUGUCUCAGAGCAGGUGUCUAUGCUAGGGGGCACUGUGAGUAAGGCCCUGUCCUCCUCUGACACUGAGCUGUUGAUGCUCAAUGGGACAGACCCUGUGGCCGAAGCCGCCAUAAGACAACUCCACCGGUCUGCUAAACAGAAGCUCAAGUCCCCGGUGAAGAAGAGUACCAUCAUCAUCUCGGGCAUCGCCAAAACGCCCUUGUCUCAGGAUGAUGAGCUGGCUAUGAUGGCGGGUUAUGCUGCAGCAAUGGACGCAUCAAUGUCAGAGAGCAGCUCUACUCAGGAUGUGACCACAGCGAUCGCAUCGGGGACUAGUACCCCUCCGGAGAUGUCGGAGCCCACGGAAGGUCCCAGAGGGGAAGGGCGGCCUCCGGAGGACUGGGAGAGCCAAACUGGCGAGGAACAAGACAAUGCUUCACUGUCCAUGUGUGUGUCUGAGGCGAGCUGCAAGAAGAGCAGAGGCAGCUUCCUGCAGAAGAGCGCCAAGCUCUUCUUCCGACGUCGUCACCAGCGCAAAGACCCGGGGAUGAGCCAGUCACACAAUGACCUGGUUUACCUGGAGUCUCCGGCCGCAGUGGAGCGAGCGAGCCGAACAGCCACACUCAGCCGCAUGCUCAACCGCAAGAGUAAGAGUAAAGCCAACGGCUCUACCUCUGUGGGGGAGCCACAUGCGUGACCCCCCCCACCGUCCCUCGCUUACCUUGACCUCAGUCCCUACCACUUCAACUACCAUCAUCACCUCCACCUCAAAUUGCACUGGCAAACAUCUUGGCUAACCUACUCCCCUCUAAUGGCUGAGCUGCAUACUGGGGCUGCUGCAUUGUGGAUGGGAAACAAAAAAAGUCAUAUUUUAAGGCUUCAAAUAAGAAGCAGACAUUCCACCAACAGCAAGCGUGUGCAUGUGUGAAUCCUGCCCUGGAUUGAUUUCAGAGAUUAGUCUGCGUGUUUCCUUUUUAUUUGAUUUUAUGCAACAUUUCAAAAUCUUUAAGUGCUUUUACGGCUGUGUUAUGGACAGAAGGGACCGCUGUGGGCCAUCACUCUUUACCUCACUGAAAGCUGAGGGCGGAUUGAAAACUCUCCCUGCUGUAAACCGUAAGUUGCCUACGGUGACUCAACAGGACCAAAGAUGAAGAGCCGAGUGGUGUUUGUAUGAUUUGCACAGUUUUUAGUACCUUUUAAUUUAAAGUGCAAUGACAGGAGCAACUCUUGUGCAAGAGACUGUAGUUCAUUCACAAAGGGAGACGAUUGUUUCACUGCAAGACUGCUGAACGUUGGAGCAGUAUGACUACUUGUUGACACUAAUAUGAAAUCAUUUGUUUAUUACUCGAUGAUAUUCCCAAAUAAAGCUAGAUCAAGUGUGUUCAUGACAUGUGUAAGGCUAAAAAUUUCUGCUUGGUUGUCAAUUUCAAAAAAGAAGCAGGGCGUUUUCAAAUCAUAUGCAGCUGUCUCCUGUUGUACACUACUGUUCUCAGGAGAGUUGUUGUUGUUGUGUCGAAAGGGAACUGAACCGUUAUCCAGGGACCGCAGCGAGACACACGGCCAUACUUGUGCUAAUAAAACGGAUCCUUCCUUACAUUUCAAUAGCAUGAACUGCUCCGUCAUUUUAUGUGUUUUUAAAAGACGUGCACAUGAACAAAAGAAAAGUGUGAACACCUAUGAGAGCAACCAGGUCUUGUGGCUGCUGCUUUUUUUUUUUUUUUUUUUUUUUUUAAUCCAGCUAAUGAUUGUAUUUUUUUUGUCCUCCUGUGAGCAGCUUGUUUCUGUACAUCAUGUUAACUACUGUUUGUUAAUUCUGCUCAGAGAGCUGAAUGGUUGCCUUACAGUUAUUCUGUGAAUGAUGUCCCAGCUGCUCCAGUCUUGUUCCUCAGCUUGACAUGACUUUGGCUCCUGACGCUGCAUCCGCUAUCAGACAAGUGGGCCUGAGUGACUAUGGUGACCUGUUGGAUUGGCUCUGAUCAGGCAAGCAUACCACUGUGUUCCUGCAUCAUCAGCAGUUUCUAUAAUCAAUAAGCCUAUGCACUUAACAUAUCUGUUGACUGGGUUGUUUACAAUAUUCGACUACCUGAAAUAUUAAAACACUCUUGCUCUUCACAAUAAUUCUCUUCUGCAGAUCCUGCGUGGGUGUCUUUGUAUUCAUAAUUACAUGAUCUGCUUUAAUCCACCGUCACUGACUGUUGUCUGUUUAAAAACAAACAAAAAAGAAAAUCAUAGAAAGAAAAGGCCGAGAAAAUAAUCAUUCAGACAGAAGCACCUUCCAACUCUGAGGAGAGGAAUAGAGAGAAAACAGAUUGUUUUAAAUCGAGCUCAGCUUCUUACAGCCUGCAAGCAUUAACUGCUGCCAUGCGUUCAGUAAGCAGUGAGGCUGUACGUGAUUAAUGAAUUGCUUCCUGAUGUUUUUUUUGUCUUUCUGCUCUGUGCGCAGAAAGUGUCUGAUUAACUGUUGCUGCAAAGCGUCAGUCACUUCCUUGCAGGGACUGUAACUACUAUACAUACUGAGUUAAGCAAUAAAUAUUGAUUGAAUAACUAA